AUGGCAACAGAGAAUAAUACAUUUGCAAUAAGCAUCGCAUCGUGGUUUAUCCCUAUUGAUAUUCUGAAGAUUUCCUGCGCUAUUACUGCAAUUAUUCUUGCUCUAUUUUGUUUAUCAAUUAUUGUCUAUGAACGCACGUGCCAUACAGUUCCAAUGAUACUUGUAACCAAUUCAUACCUUUCCCAAUUGAUUUAUGCGAUCGACGUAUUAGCCAUCAGUAUAUUUACGCUUGAAAAUGAUUUGAAAGAAAGGAAAUUGAAUAAUCGUCUGUGCAUUUUCUCCGGAUCUCUGAGUUAUUCAAUUACAAUGAUACAGAUGUAUUCGUACUUGUUACAAGCUGUCUAUCGAUAUUUGGUUAUAGUAUAUCCAUCUCGUUUAAUGUGGCAGUCAAGUCGAUUACAAGCGUCUUUCAUCGGUCUGACUUGGUGCUGUGGACUUGUGUAUUUCAUUGUAUUAAUCGUUACCGAUCAAAUCAAAUAUCUUCCUGAUGAUCAAAUUUGUCAGAUGCCUCUUCGUCUGUCAUUUCUCACGAUAUUCAAUGCAUUGUAUAUAUACAUAUUUCCACUGAGUGUUAUUAUGAUCAUUUACUUGAAAAUGAUUUUAUAUGUCAAAGAAAUGGGUAAACGUAUCACCCCGGUAAACAUUCUCUCGCGUGCACAAAGAGAACUGCGAAUGAUCCAUCGUAUUGUAUCUAUUGUGCUAUUUUUGGUUAUUCUAGGUCUCCCAUAUGUACUAUUUAUUCUUAUGUCAUUCUUUAAUAGCGCACCGAAGUAUCAUUUUCGAAUUGCAUACGUAUUUAUUAUUGUUUCAUUAGUAUUUAUGAUGAUUGCUCUAUGUCAAGUAGCUGAACCAUUGAAAAUAUUUAUCAAGAAAGUAUACCGAAGAAGAGUUGUACAGGUUGGACCAACGGUUACAUAA